ACGCCGUUUAUUGCACCCAAUAUCCAACCAUGCAGCGCUGCUUCACAUUAACCAUUGUACGGCACUGGGCCCUUCGAAAGAAACUUCUCACUAUCAGCUACCAACAAUCAGCAGCCAUGUCUACACUUCUGAUAAACCAGCCCAAAUAUGCCUGGUUGAAAGAAUUAGGCCUGAGUGAGGAGAAUGACGGUGUUUACAACGGGAACUGGGGAGGCAAAGGAGAGGUCAUCACGUCGUAUUGCCCUGCCAACAAUGAGCCCAUCGCCAGAGUACGCCAGGCAACCAUGGCAGAAUAUGAAGAAACUGUGCAGAAAUCGAGGGACGCCUGGAAGGUGUGGGCAGAUAUUCCGGCCCCUAAAAGAGGAGAGAUUGUGCGUCAGAUUGGUGACGCACUGAGGAAAAAGAUCAAAGUCCUGGGCAGUUUGGUGUCCCUGGAAAUGGGAAAGAUCUAUGUUGAGGGAGUCGGCGAGGUGCAGGAAUACGUUGACGUCUGUGACUACGCUGUUGGCUUGUCUCGCAUGAUCGGAGGUCCCGUUCUCCCCUCUGAAAGACCGGGCCACGCGCUGAUCGAGAUGUGGAACCCUGUGGGUCUGGUGGGCAUCAUCACAGCCUUCAACUUCCCUGUGGCUGUCUACGGCUGGAACAACGCCAUCGCCCUCAUCUGUGGCAACGUCUGCCUCUGGAAAGGAGCUCCCACCACCCCUCUAACAAGUGUAGCUGUAACCAAAAUCGUGGCUGAGGUGUUGGAGCAAAACAACCUGCCAGGUGCCAUCUGCUCCAUGACAUGCGGUGGCGCUGACAUCGGCACAGCAAUGUCGAAAGACGAGCGCGUCGACCUGGUCUCAUUCACUGGCAGCACCCACGUGGGCAAGAUGGUGGCCAUGUUGGUGCAGGAGAGGUUUGGUCGUAAUUUGCUGGAGCUUGGUGGGAACAACGCCAUCAUAGUGUUUGAGGAUGCUGAUCUGAACCUUGUGGUGCCUUCUGCUGUCUUUGCUUCUGUGGGAACUGCUGGACAGCGCUGCACCACCACCAGGAGGCUGAUGCUGCACGGAAGCAUCCAUGACGUAGUGGUGGAGAGGGUAGCCAAAGCCUACAAACAAGUCCGCAUUGGAGACCCCUGGGACCCGAGCACUAUGUAUGGCCCGCUCCACACCAAGCAGGCUGUGGACCAGUACCUGGCAGCCAUCGAACAGGCUAAGCAACAGGGUGGCACUGUAGUGUGUGGAGGAAAGGUGAUGGAUCGUCCUGGAAACUACGUGGAGCCCACCAUCAUCACAGGGCUGGCUCACGAUGCGCCCAUCGUUCACACAGAGACCUUCGUCCCCAUCCUCUACGUCCUCAAGUUCCAGACUGAGGGGGAGGCGUUUGCCUGGAACAAUGAGGUCAAGCAGGGCCUCUCCAGCAGCAUCUUCACCAAGGACAUGGGCCGAGUCUUUCGCUGGCUGGGACCUAAAGGAUCGGACUGCGGCAUCGUGAACGUCAACAUUCCUACCAGCGGAGCUGAGAUUGGAGGAGCCUUCGGUGGGGAGAAACACACAGGAGGUGGACGGGAGUCAGGCAGCGACUCUUGGAAGCAGUACAUGAGAAGGUCCACAUGCACUAUCAACUACAGCAAGGAUCUUCCUCUAGCUCAAGGAAUCAAAUUUGAGUGAAGCGGGCACACAAGGAACCAGGACCCAGUCAACCUUGACGAAUCCACAAGGGAAACAAACACUAACUAACCAUUUGGACUUUGCAUAGUUUAUUCUCCAAAAUGCUAAACUUCUGUCCUAGCAACUUUUACAAUCAGAAGAUGAAUUGGACUUGGCCAAGUGGGGCAACCGGGUGCGUUUUGGGUUGGUCAUGGUGGUGGAAGUAUAUAUUUUUUUUAUGUGACUAGGGGUUGGUUGGAAAUAGAAAAUUAAUACUCCCAUUUUUCUAUUGUAAAGAUGUUACAUUUGGCUGAAACGGUCAAAUAGAACUAGCCACCCUAGUUGUGUGCACUUUGUUUGUAGCACUUAACUGUAGUACUUAACUCUGCUUUCUAAUACUGUACCAGGUGCUUUGUACAAAUAAAUCAUGCCUUUGUUUUGGAAA